UGCAAAUAUCGUAAUAGAGGAAAAAUGAGUUCAAUUGUUUCGAACUCCCAAGGAAUGCUCCAACCAGGAGGCUAUGAAUCGCGGAAUGGUGGCACUUUGGGCUCUGUUGGGCCUCCUGAACCAGAUUUUGGUGGAAGUGAUGAAGCAGAGUUGGUUUCUGUUUCUUGGAAUCAGGAUUACAGCUGUUUUGCUUCUGGCACGAGCCAUGGUUUUCGGAUUUACAACUGUGAACCUUUCAAGGAAACUUUCAGGCGAGAGCUGAAGGAUGGUGGGUUUAAAAUUGUGGAGAUGCUUUUCCGGAGUAAUAUCUUGGCACUCGUUGGUGGUGGACCUAACUCUCAGUACCCUUCAAACAAAGUGUUGAUUUGGGAUGAUCACCAGAGCCGCUGCAUCAGUGAGUUUUCUUUUGGGUCGGAGAUUCGUGCUGUGAAGCUAAGAAGGGAUCGCAUUGUUGUUGUUCUUGAACACAAGAUAUAUGUCUACAACUUUAUGAACCUGAGACUCCUUCAUCAGAUUGAAAAUCUAGCAAAUCCAAGGGGACUAUGUUGCCUCUCUCAUCAUAUGAAUACAUCUGUGCUGGCCUGUCCAGGUGUUCGCAGAGGAGAGGUCCGGGUUGAACAUUUUGGGCUUAACAUGGUACAAAUCAUUAAUGCUCAUGACUCCAAUAUCGCGUGCAUGACCAUGACAUUGGAUGGAUUGCUUCUUGCAACUGCCAGUACAAAGGGGACUCUGAUCAGAAUUUUCAACACGAUGGAUGGAACUCGUCUGCAAGAGGUCCGAAGAGGAGUGGACAGAGCAGAUAUAUAUAGCAUUGCUCUUUCACCAAACGUGCAGUGGCUGGCAGUAUCAAGCGACAAGGGGACUGUUCACAUUUUCUCUCUUAGAGUGAGGGUUUCUGGGGAGGACUCACCCUCCACUGAACAUGAGAGUUCUUCAAAUUCCCUGCAGGCUCUUGUUUCUCCAGCCGCUGGUGUCAACCCCGGUUCUUCAUUGUCAUUUCUGAGAGGUACGGUAGAAAAUAGGAGACAUCUGGGAAAAAAUGACUGUUACCAUGAAGAGUUCUGCCAAGAUAUUUCAGCUCGGAAUGGUCAUUUGCUCAGUUCCAUGUACCAGACGUCACCCAAUUCUUUGCAGCAUUUGGUGCUCGCAACACAAUUGCCAUUAUCGGCAUGGACGGAAGGUAAUAAUAAGCGUUAUGCCCGUCUGAUUUAUCGGCCUUGCAGCUUCUACAGGUGCAAUUUCGAUCCAGUGAACGGAGGAGAGAUGACCCAGCUUGAAUAUAACCGCUUUCUGAAGCCGGAGAUCCUAAGAUAG